AUGGCUCCACGGACCAAAAAGAAGGCGGCUCCAAAAAAGAAGGCGCCGAUCAAGAAGAAGGAGGUAACCGAGGACAACUCUAGUUACGUUUGGAUUUAUGGAGAGCCAACGAUCAAAGAAAAGUGCUACGAGUUCCACAAAGAUCUUCAGGAGCACAUUGAGAAGGUGUUCUUAGAUAAGAAACCGAAUUGCAAAGUUUAUAUCUACGGCAAAAUUUGGGUACUCGACUUUGCGAAAAUGACAGAACACAACGCACAGAAACAAGUGACUUGGCCAAUUAAAAGAGUCCGUACGUCCCAGUUGAAACGACUUAAAUGCAGAGGAAUCGCUGGAACUGAUUACGAAGUGAAACCCGCCCACGGCUUCUGGCAAGACGACGAUCAUUGCAACGCUUGCUACUACAAAUCAACAAUUCCAACUCGUCUCUCUUGCGGACACGUCUUCUGCUUCCAGUGUCUCAGAUGCAACUGGAUCCACGGCAGAGAUUGUCCAACGUGCCGUAUGCAGUAUUCCCGAGAAAUGUUCGUUAGACCGACAAGAUCCGAUAUCGAUUUCCACAUGGAAUGUCCACCGGGAUAUCAGGAAGAUUGUGCAGGCGUACUUGGACCGGCGCCGAAAACCAGUGCUCGCAGAAAUCCGCCAAGAGGGCAUGGAGGGGAACCCGAGAAGUACUAUUGGAUCUAUGAGGGGCGCCACCGCCCUGGAUGGUUCCGAUUCGAUCCGAGAAGUGAGUACAUGAUUGAGGAGAGCUUUAAGAGAAAGAAGAAGACACUUCUUAUCUACAUCUGUACGUUCCGAAUGACGAUCAACUUCCAAAAGAUGACACAAACAAGUCAGAGCCAUAGAGUGAGAGAGUCGGAGAGCUUUUUGACCAACUCACGCGCCAUCAAAAGAAUCCCGGCGGCCGACUACAAGAAAUACGUAUUGAGAGGAAUCGCCGGAAUUCGUUCCCUUGCCUACCCGAUCGAUUAA